AAACGACGGCGGUUCCCAUGUUUUGCUUAAGGUAGAUUCGCUUCCAUGGUCCGAAAGAUCCAUUUCCGAGCUUGUGUUCAACUUUAGUCUUCACAGGCAGAAAUGAUGAUCACAAUAACAACACAGUGAAAAAAUGGCGUACACAAUCAAAUUUCUUCAUCCAAUUAGACAAUCUCUCACUGCAAUAACCUCUUCUUCUCCACCAAUCUCUCAUUCUAGAAAGUUCUUCUAUGCCAAAUUUGAGCCUUUGAAGAUGUCAAUAAAGGGCCUUGAACCUGUUCUUCGCAACUAUGCCUCAACAUUUCAUUCUAAAUUAUAUACACAAAGAAAAUAUUUCUGCUUUUCAGGGAGUAAAUUAAGUAUUGGAAGCAUUUUUGGUGUGUCCAUUGUACUUGGAUCAAAAAGUUUUUGGCCUCGUAUUGCUUAUGCUAUGGAUGGUCAUGAUAUUUUACUAGAUGAUCGCCACUUCUUGGAUGAUUCUGAUGCGGAAGAAGAUCCACAACCGUUCUGGAUGUAUGCCAGGAAAUUCUGGCUGCCAGUUUUUUUCUUUCUUACUGUUUUGACGAACUUGGAUCACCCUAUUGCACUAAUCACAAUUGAAGUUAUUUUAUUCCUCCUCAGCACAAAGCCCAGUCCUCUCUCAGUAUAUGUUUUUGUUGAUCAGCUAUGUCAACAAUCUGUGCGCCAAGAACCUCACUUGUAUAAAGUUAAGUCAUUAUAUGCCAAAAAGGUUGAAGUACAAGACUAUAAGCUUCUCUGCCUUGCUAAAGUUGAACUAAAAGAAGAAACGAUCUCUUUGGUUGGAAUUCUAGGUGGCUGGUGGACUUUGCCAACAAUUUUUAUCAGGGUACUUUUUCUUUUAUUAGAAAUGGAGCUUUGAAGCAUUAUUCAGAAAACAACUAAAAAGGGGUGUUGAAUCUUCCAGAAUUCCUAUUCAAAGAUCAAGAGUAGCUCACAAUUUUUCAUGAAGUCAUCAUCAUACGGCCUAGCAUCAAUAUUCUUAUUGAGAGAGGGAGCUGCGCUAUAGAGUUUGACACGGAAUGAUAAUUUGUCCCAUUGCAUAUACCAUAAUUCAGUUGUGAUAGCGCAAUUACCGACUUGCAUAAUUCAUAGUUGAUUCUAAAUGAAGAGAGAGGAAUAGGAACACGUGUACAGGUUAUUUUUGGACCAAUGAAUCAAUGAUACCCUUUGCAUCAGCCAUGACGCAAUUUAUGAAUUAACUGUUUCGUAAA